AGGGGGUGGCGCGUAUCAGCCCCGGAUCGUAACGGGCAAUACGAAACCACGGGGCUGCUCCGAAACAUUGGUAAAGCCCGUUUGGAAUGUUGGGGCAAACACGCGGCCCCGCAGCGGUCCGGGAGCAGGGCACUUUCGGUUCCAGGGGUCAAGGAUGUCAGUGGGCCGCCCCCGACGCAUAUAGUGGAGUGUAGUCCCAUCUCCCUUUCGCCUGACACUUGCUGGCUGUUCUGCACGGGACAACCACACCUCGCUUCCGCCAUGUCGCAGCCCGAAGCCACCGGCCGCCGCCGGCGCUCGCCGCCCGCCUCGCCGUCGAGCCGCGACGCCAAGCAGAAGACGACGGGACCCGAUGCCGCCGCCGCCGCCGCCCCCCGCUCACCACCCGGCUGGUCCCACACGCCGACGACGCCGACGCUCCUGUGGCUCGCCGUCUCGCUGCCGCUGGUCCUCUGGGACUCGGGCUACAUCCUGCUGCGGCCGCACUCGAUGCCCGGCGGGGCGCUGCACCGCCCGCUGUGGGUGCCGUACGCGCUGUACGGCGAGGUCGACCACAUGUACGGCUUCAAGCAGUGGCACCUGCGCAACGGCUUCGCGGCCGCGCAGAGCCUCAUGAACCUGGCCGAGACGGCGCUGUACGUCGCCUACCUGUGGCUGUGGCACCGCCACGGCCGCGUCGUCGUCCCCGGGCGCCGCCGGGCCGUGGCCGGCAGGGCCGGCGCGCUGGCGCUGCUGCUCGGGUUCAGCGCCGCGGUCAUGACCGUCAGCAAGACGGUGCUGUACGGGCUGAACGAGUUUUGCUCCGGCUUCGACAACGUCGGCCACAACCUGCCGUGGACGCUGGUCUUCCUGUACAUCAUUCCAAACGGCGCGUGGAUUGUUGUGCCCCUGGUAUUCAUGGUGUACAGCAUGGGAGCGGAGAUCAUCGCUGGGUUGGCUGGGGCGUCGGCGCCUCCGUCCAGUACAUAGAGGCCCUAUAAUCAAGCCGGGAGGAUUUGCACAUGAUACUGUCAAGUGACGUUGCUUGUGCGCGUUCCGAUGCCUAGGCUCAGGGUAACAUUUGCG